AAAAUCCAAAAGGAGCAAGGCUCGUUCAGGCCAAGCUGGGAUUCUUGUCACGUCGGAGUCGUGCGUCGGCAGGGCCGUGUCAGUCCGUGCUGCUGGUGAGUAGCAGUCGGUACCCAGACCAGUGGAUCGUGCCCGGAGGAGGAAUGGAGCCUGAGGAGGAGCCAGGAGGUGCAGCCGUGAGGGAAGUUUAUGAGGAGGCAGGAGUCAGAGGAAAAUUGGGCAGGCUCCUGGGAAUAUUUGAGCAGAACCAAGAUCGAAAGCAUAGAACGUAUGUUUAUGUUCUAACAGUCACUGAAAUACUAGAAGAUUGGGAAGAUUCUGUGAAUAUAGGAAGGAAGAGAGAGUGGUUCAAAGUAGAAGACGCAAUCAAAGUUCUCCAGUGUCAUAAGCCUGUACAUGCAGAGUAUCUGGAAAAAUUAAAGCUGGGUUGUUCCCCAACCAAUGGAAAUCCCACGGUCCCCUCCCUUCCCGAAAACAGCGCCUUGUUCGUCACCCCAGCACAGAGCCCGGGGCUGCCUUCCAGUGUGAGAUAGGCCGAAACGGGAGGGCCGCCCACUGCGCCCAGCUCCCUGUCCGUCCGGGAGAGGCGUCCCCACUGUCCUUGGCAAACAUCUGAAUGAUGCUCGCAAUCUGAACUUGCCACGCAGGGAUUUCAAACAAUUUGCAUGUUUUUCAGAUGCUUUCAGAUCUUUUAAAAAAGUAGUGUAAGAUAUUUUAAUAAGCCAAAGCCAUGUGGAAUUUUUUUUAGAUGCCUUAACUGUGCCCCUUUCUCAGUGUUAUUUUGGUUGUCAUUUUUCACAGCAUUUUCAGUUUUUCUUGUCUAUUUAAGCAGUGUUGCUUAUUUUGGCAGAGAUCAAAUUAUUUAAUGGGGUAUAUUCCUCUUAAAUUGUUUAUUUGUAGCAUUAAUUUAUUCAGCAAAUCUGGUUGGAAUUAAAAAUACUUUUGGUAUUAAAAUUCAUCUAUCCCAGAAUUUAUUUUAUGGGAUCAUGAUUUUAAUUCAUAAAUUGCAGAUUCACUCAGACUGUUUCAUUAUGGUCUUUCUGUUUCGACAAAGCACUUUUAAUUUGUUUUAGGAAUUUAUUGGCUCAUUUUCUGAAUCUUCAUGUAUUAUGUCACCAUCAACCAGAUAUGGUUAUUUCCCCUAAAAGUCAAGAGUAGUUUAAAAAUAUGAUAUAACUCUAUAGAGUUAAUUUUUAGUGAAAUACUGUUAGCAAAAUGCAUGUAGUACCUUGUCAUGAAACUCGUAUUUCAUGAAAUUUAUUUAGCAUGCUCAGUUGCCAAUUCUUUUUAUCUAUAAUCUCUCCUUACACAGUACGUUAGAACCGUAUUUCCCUCGGUGUAAAUUGCUCCUAAAACAUAGUUUAAUUUAGUGCCGUUUCUUCUUCAGUUAAACUUGUUUACCAAAAGCCACAGGAUGGGCAUCAAACAAACCUUCAGUGCCGGUCAGUGAUGGCCGCAUCCCAGUGGAGGCUGAUGGCCCUUCUUGCCUUUCAGCUAUUGCAGGCUUAGGGAGUUAGGGAACCUUGAGUGUCUCAUCUUCCUAGGCUGUCAGUGCUCUUUGUCAAAGCCUUUGGGGCACUCGAACGUAUUGGGAAUGAUCUUGUCUUGCAUGUGUCCUCAUACUCGGAAUCAGGCAUCCCAUCUAAAGUGUGCAGGUGCACACCCUGUCUGAAACCCCCACACUUCCCAGAUGAGGUCAGAGGUGAGGGAGGAGGAAAAACCUUUAAGAUGUGGGGUUGGGAGAGUGAAAGAAUUUUUCUCUGUGGACAGUCUUUUGUAGAUAUUACAACUGGUGAGUACAAAGUAGAAGUUAAAACAUUUGCUCUAUAAAAUUGUAACCUUUAGAGAGAUACAAUUGCUGCUAAAAAUAGUCCUUACACUUAAGGAAAAUUGGUGCCAUUUUGAAAAUGAGAUCUUGUGUCAUAAAUGCAGCUGAAAUUAAGUAUAAAUGCUAGUUAAUGCUGUCAAAGGAAUGAGACAUUUUCAACCAGUGACGUUCCAUUCUAAAUUAUGCAGUAUGAUCGGACAUGGGCAUCCAGAAUUUUUAUAUUUUUCUUUGUACAGAGGUUAUGUAUUCUGGGUGGUUUUUUUUUUUUUUUAAAGGAAACAUUUUAAACCCCACAAAUCAACACUUUCUGCCAGUCACCAGUGGACUGAAAUUUUCUUUAGAUACUUAAAAGAGAAACUGGAUUGUUUUUGUAUAUAACGCUGCUUCCACUUCGAAUGGCUGUCACAGGAACUUAGGGGGAUUUCUCUUGUACAUGAUAUUCUUAGAGGUAAUAAUGCAUGAACUUAUUUUAUAAACUCGGACUAUGUAUUUGACAUGUAAAAAUGUACAGUUUGUCAGCCAUCUCUUAAAUUAGACUAUAAAUACUGUAAUUUUCUUUGGUCAGAACAUUUGAACUAAGUAGUGCCACUUGGGUCAGGAUUUUCUUUAGUGCCAUUUAUUUAGCAAACCCGUUAGGCUAUGCAAUUAGCAAAAAUUUGUAUACAACAAUAUAGUUUUCACACGAGGGGUUCUCCUGGAACCCGGUCUCUAGCACAGUUAGAGGGGAAAGUCCUAAGUGCAGCAACACUUUCAGGCCUAAAUAGUUGAAUCUU